CAUAGCUGCUUCAGCUGUAAUAGAAGAAACGUGUGCGAUUCUUCAUUUGGCUUGCCACUGAUUGAAUGUGGUUAGAGCGUUAACAAACUUUAAUCCUGCAGCGCCAGCUAACGAACGCGGUGUCAAUUACGGACGAAUCAUCCGGGCAGGACACGUAAGAGGAAGAGAAAUGGAGAGUGAAAAGCGAGCUGGACACUGUUGUGACUCAUAUGAGCGCCCAGCGACGUGUACGUAGAUCGCGAAUGUGCUUGUUCAGUGAGCCAGCGUGCUGUGUAUGCGCCUCUAAAAAAGAGUUCGUCGUCAUUGCUGCAUUCCGUUACAUGAACUAGAACAGUACGCGAGAGAACUGUCUCUAUUUUUGCGGUGAAGUAAUCACCCUCGGAAGCCGGCGCUGGCCCAUCAUCACACUCGCCACGUCAGGGAACGUACGCGUUCACCAACCAACCACCAUUAGCCCCAAAAAGGGACUAGCACGAGCCAAGCCGAAUUUAAUAGUGCAGUAUAGCCACAAGCCGCCGUAAGCAGCUAUAUGUCUACUGUUAAUUGGAGUUUCCUGAGGAUGAGUAGCGGCUGCAUGUAACGCUUGCUAAAGCACUGAUCGGUCCCCAUUAGCAAACGAUUAAUGCCAGCGUUGCAAUCCCCACAAAUUAGCUUAGAGGUUAUGCUUAUAUAUGAUGUCGGUUCGAGUGAGCUCAUCCAGACAGACCCAUAUUAUUACGGAUGUGUUUUGGGCGCGCUUGGUUGGUAUUCGAUGUGGCUUCGUUUAAUAAAUGACUUCGGGACGAUACGAUCUACUGUUAACCUUGUAACUCCCUAUGUCAGCUUCUAAAUGAAAAAAGAAAGGAAACAAAGAGUUUGACUUAGUGAAAAAUUUGUUCACUUGAAAAGUGCCCGCUAUAUUUUUUGUGGUUUUUUAUGCAGCUAACAACGUUCAUUAUCUGAAUCUUGGUGUUUGUUGUUUUACUAUGUGUGUGCUGCUACGAACAUCAAAAAUUUUUCGAUGCGUCCCUGAGCUACUAGCAUAGACUGGUUGUGCGUCUGAAAAAUUCGUGCUGAAACCGGCAUGUCUUCAUUUAAUCCCCCUGGCCGAACUUCGCCUCCACCUCCUACUCCGCCACCCCCGCUAAUUGAUGUUAGAGACCUGUUAAUUAACGCCCUGGAUUUUCUACCGAAAUUCCCACCUACGUCAGGCAAUCCCUCUCGUAACAAGGAUGCGUCUUGCUCUUUGCUUCCCCUACCUUCUUCAAAUGAUGUGUCAGAUGUUGAAACAGAAGCUAUACUAAGAACUGAUGAAACAUCUUUAACUAUUAAGCCAAACAGAAAAGGCCCUUACAGCGGAACGAUAGGAAACAGUAGCACCGCCACCGAUAGUACUGCUCCGGGAGUAUCUAUCGAAGUGGAGGACCCUGCCUACGAUGCAGUAUAUGAUGGUGCUGGUCAGAGAGCUGCCAAUCUCGUAGAGCUCGUUAGUGCUCCUGCAGACUUUGAAGACUCGCUUGGAUUGCCAUCUGACAACGUCCCGAUAACACCAGCCUGGGGCAGGGGCAGUGAAUAUGAUCAAACAGACACAAACGAUGAUAAUAGUGAAGGACCUUUAUCGAUGUUUCUUCGACAAGAUGCUCCGACUGAACACUUAUAUUGCGAGCUUUCGCCGAGACAUGAGUCUAGAUCUAGCGUCAAGAUGGCGGUUGCGGAGGUAACAUUGGGUGAUGCGUUGUCCAAUGUAGAUGUUUUGGAUGAGCUUCCUCUUCCGGAUCAGCAACCCUGCAUCGAGGCCCUACCAUGUUCAAUUGUUUAUCACGCCAACUUCGACACAAACUUCGAAGAUCGGAACGCUUUUGUGACCGGCGUCGCCAAAUAUAUCGAAGAGGCUACCGUGCAUUCUGAACUGAACGAAAUGUUAGAGCAAGGAGAGCAGCAUGCGGUGAUGCUGUAUACCUGGCGCUGUUGUUCGAGAGCGAUUCCACAGCCGAAAAGUAACGAGCAGCCGAACAGGGUCGAAAUCUAUCAAAAGACUGUGGAAGUUCUCAAACCAGAAGUGCGAAAACUACUUAAUUUCAUGUACUUCCAACGUAAGGCGAUUGAGCGAUUCACAGCCGAGGUGAAACGGCUCUGUCAUACGGAAAAACGUAAAGACUUUGUGUCAGAAGCAUACCUGCUUACCCUCGGCAAAUUUAUCAACAUGUUCGCUGUUCUUGACGAGCUCAAAAACAUGAAAUCUUCUGUAAAGAAUGACUAUGCUACCUACAGGAGAGCCGCGCAAUUCCUUAAAGUGUUGGCGGAUUCACAACAACUUCAGGAAUCACAAAACCUAUCAAUGUUCCUGGCCACCCAGAAUAAGAUCCGCGACCAACUAAAGGAGGCUCUUGAGAAGAUCCCCGGAUAUGAGGAGCUACUGGCGGACAUUCUGCACACAUCGGUACACAUGUUAGAGACGCAUAUGUACAUGUUACCAUCAGAGAAACACAUGCUCGUCAAAGUCCUUGGGUUCGGCUCAUUUCUCAUUGAUGGAAACGUGGCUAAUAUAAACAAACUGGAUCAGAAGAAACGAGUGUCCAUUGCCAAAAUGGACCGCAUAUUGAAGAACCUUGAAAUGGUGCCACUAUUCGGUGACAUGCAGAUUUCGCCUUUCCACUACAUUAAACACUCGGCUCACUUUGACGCGAAAAAUUGGCCUUUGUCAUCUUCGACGAAUCCAUCGCCGCAAAGUGACCUACUGAAAAAUCUGCAGCCGAUCCGCGAUGAAUAUGCGCGUUAUAUUAGUGAGUUGGCUCGCCACUCAAACGAAGUGACCACCACGGUUAAGGAGUCACCUCGCACUGAUGAUGAAAAUCGUGAGCUCUCGGAGUUGGCUUUAUCGGGACUGCAGCUGCUGUCCAACUGGACUUGUCAUGUUACGGAGCUAUACUCGUGGAAAUUGAUGCACCCUACAGAUCCUACCCUUAACAAACAAUACUGUCCUCCAGACGCUGAAGAGUAUGAACGGGCAACCCGAUAUAACUACUCACCCGAUGAAAAGUUCGCUCUCAUCGAGGUAAUCGCAAUGAUUAAGGGACUUCAGGUACUUAUGAGCCGUAUGGAAACAGUAUUUACCGAUGCUGCGCGCCGGCAUGUUUACUUCGAGCUUCAACAGUUCGUCCAGUUGAAUCUCAGGGAACCACUACGGAAAGCCGUGAAAAAUAAAAAGGAAGUAGUCAGAUCUAUUGUGCAGUCUGUACGAGAGACAUGCGCCGACUGGAUGCGUGGCUAUGAGCCAAGCGAAGACCCGGCGCUCAAGGGGAAAAAGGAUGCCGAAUACGAAAUUAAGGCACCUAGACGAAACGUAGGACCUUCAAGUACUCAGUUAUAUAUGGUUCGUACAAUGUUGGAAAGUUUGGUCGCAGACAAAAGCGGAACCAAACGUAGUCUUCGAAAAGACUUGGACGCCGCGUCCUUGGCUGAUAUCGAAAAGUUCCAUAAGCAAUCAUUUUAUUGGAAUUAUUUGCUUAAUUUCUCGCAGACAUUGCAGGAAUGUUGUGAUUUGUCCCAGCUGUGGUACCGCGAGUUCUAUCUUGAGAUGACAAUGGGUAGACGGAUCCAGUUUCCCAUAGAAAUGUCUCUUCCGUGGAUCCUUACGGACCACAUAUUGACGACGAAAAACCCUGCCAUGAUGGAGUGCGUUCUAUAUCCGCUCGACCUGUAUAAUGAUUCAGCUUUCUACGCGCUGACCAAGUUCAAAAAGCAGUUCCUUUACGACGAAGUCGAAGCCGAGGUUAAUUUGUGCUUCGAUCAAUUCGCCUAUAAAUUGUCGGAUCAAAUCUUCGCGUAUUAUAAACACUUAGCAGGCAGUAUUUUGCUCGACAAGAGGUUCCGUGCGGAAUGUAUGAUCCAGGCUGGUGGAACAUCGUUCCCUUAUCCACAGGCGAAUCGUUACGAAACUCUUCUGAAGCAACGACACGUACAGCUGCUUGGCCGAUCCAUCGACCUCAAUCGACUUAUCGCACAACGCGUUAAUGAUGCUAUGCUUAAAAGCCUUAAUCUUGCCAUUCAAAGAUUCGAAUCAUCAAAUAUCACCGGCAUCGUAGAACUCGAGGCGCUGCUGUCGAUAAAUCGGCUGGCGCACCAACUACUUUCCAAGCAUCUUCAACUGGACUCAUUUGAUGCGCAGCUUCGUGAGGCUAAUCACAACGUUUUGGCUCCGUAUGGUCGGAUUUGUCUACACACGUUCUGGGAGCUCAAUUAUGAAUUUCUUCCUAAUUACUGCUACAAUGCCGCUACAAAUAGGUUCGUCCCUGUGAAUAUCCGUGGGCCGAUGAGUUUCGGCCAGAAACUUGAGCGGGAAAAGCCACCAUCAGCCCAACCACACUGUUUGUACGGAAGCAAAAGUUUGAACGUCGCUUACACAGCUAUUUUUGCCGUCUAUGCCAAGUUUAUCGGGCCACCACACCUUCGCUCUCUCUGCCGCCUUCUCGGAUACCAGGGAAUCGCGGUAGUCAUGGAAGAACUACUUAAGGUCGUUAAAUCUCUCAUCCAGGGCACAAUUCUACAGUAUGCCAAGACAUUAAAAAAUGUCAUGCCCAAGGUUUGUCGUCUACCGCGAUAUGAUUAUGGCUCACCUGGAAUUCUUGGUUAUUAUCAGGCUCAGCUAAACGACAUUGUACAGUUCCCUGAUGUCAAAAUGGAUAUGUUCCAGAGCUUCAGAGAGGUAGGCAAUGCGCUACUUUUGUGUAUGCUAGUCGAGCAACUGUUGUCACAGGAAGAGGUGUGCGAUCUGCAGCAUGCCGCUCCAUUCCAAAACAUUCUGCCUACACCGCACUGCAAAGAUGGCGAAAAGCAAGAGACCAAACUGAAAAGGCAGGAGCAGAAGUACGCCAGUUUGCAAGUUGUGCCAACCAUCGAAAAAUUGGCCAGUCCGAAACAAGCAGCGAUUGCCAAAGAAGGUGAUCUCCUUACCAAGGAGCGACUGUGUUGUGGCCUCAGCGUUUUCGAAGUGAUCCUAGGCCGAGUACGAUCAUUCCUGGAUGACCCGAUUUGGACCGGCGGGCCGCCACAGAAUGGAGUUAUGAAUAUUGAUGAGUGCGACGAGUUCCACAGAUUGUGGUCGGCUCUCCAGUUCGUCUAUUGCAUCCCGGUGGGCGAAAACGAGUUUACUGUCGAACAGCUCUUUGGAGAAGGGCUCAAUUGGGCGGGAUGUGUAAUGAUUGCUCUUCUUGGUCAGCAGCGUCGCUUCGAGGCGCUCGACUUCUGCUAUCACAUACUCAAGGUACAGCGAGUCGAUGGCAAAGACGAGUUGGUGAAACAGAUCCCACUCAAAAAGAUGGUGGAUCGCAUACGCCGCUUUCAAGUUUUAAAUUCGCAAAUUUUUGCCAUUUUGAAUAAGUUUCUUAAGAAUGAGGCCUCCGAGGGAUUCCCACCUGUAGAACAUGUCCGUUGUUAUCCACCACCGGUGCAUCAGAGCCAACAAAACCGAGCCAACCAGCCUGCUACAAUAUAUAUGCGCUCCGAUCAGCUCGUCUACAAUAAGUAGAAAAGCGUUAAAGUACUGAAAAGUAGCAAAAAAAGCCAUUAAACUCAUAGUACGUACAACACCGUCAAUAACUAUCAUAAAAAAUAAAGUCAUAGCUGGGUAACAUUGAAUAUCAUAACAGAAAUUAAUUAAAAUAUGGCGCCAAAUUUGAACGUGUUCUUUUCGCAAAAAUCUGUUUGCCGUGCAGGAGGGCCUUAAAAUGCACAGUGACGGGAUAUCUACACUGAGCAGUGCUGAUCUGCGAAACGAUUUCCAGCGCAAUAACAAAACUUGCGAAUCAAAUGCUAGGCUCAGACAUACACACAGAGACGCUGAUGAUACGGGGUGACGAAUACGAAUAAGACAACUUAAAAGCACAACUCCAUCUUGUACAGAUUAUACGUAACGAGAUGAGCCUUUAACAAAACGUCGAGCUCGUUACGAUGAGAAAAAAGGUGAAUUAAUAUAAUUGUAAUGAUACGAACUGCAGUUCAUGUCCGCAGGUUCUCUUCUAGUGUUCAUUUCUAUGGUGUCACGAGGUGCAACCUUACUCUUACAUAGGUGGGGAAGCCGUGAGCUGGCAUUGGCUUUGAUUAUGUGGAUAUUAAUGUCAAAGGAUGGCUUUGUGCUACCUCUUAGUGCUUAAGUGAGUAACUAAUACCGAUUGUACAACCCAUCGAUUACUAUCACAUUAUACUGAUAUGCAAUAGAACAGGCGGGCUCAAUUUAAGAACGUUUUUACUGUUCUUUAUGCCCUAUAAAAGAUAUCACUAUGGAGACGAGAAAAUAACUUUUCGACGAAAACUCAACUUCUAUUAUUGUGGAUUUAUAAAGUAUAAAUAUAUAGUAAUAUCUGUAGCUUAGCUGGCGUACGUCGAACAUAUGAAGGUGUUCAGAUUGUGUGUAUAUAUACAUACGCAUGUAUUCGUGAGAAAAAGAGAUAAUUUAUCAAAGUCUCAAUGCUACUCAAAAUGAUAUCAGUAAUUGUGAAACAAUAGAAAUGACAGACAUUAUUUCAGUGUUCUUUUUCUCUUUCUAGAAUUAAGGUACUUUACGUUUUUCAUUACAGUAAGAAUAUAACUAUAAUUUACUUAAUUGUGUGUUAACAUAUGGUAGGGCAAAUCGGAGCGGUGCUUACAUUAUCUGGCGAGCUGAUUUACUGUAUUGUAAAUGAUGAUUUUGAAAUAUGAAGCACGGAAAAGUAUUCUUGCCAAAAGAACCACACGCAUCUGAGAUCCGGCCUUGUUGUAGAUUCAUGGACAGUACUAUAACACCUUGCUUGCACAAUGUCUUAUUCUGUCGCAAGUCGUUCAAAAUGAUAAAGGCCUACUGUGUGUGGAACUUCAUUCUACAACAGGUUACCAAGUACUCAACAAUGUCUAGCAAACACUGUCGAAAUUAGCUAUUUGACGAGAUGACACGAUGCAAAUGUGAAUGCGCGAAGGCAGGUUCUAGUGGCGCAAUCGGUAAUGAUAAUAAAAAAACGAGGCUUCCUCUUUACCUCCGUGUGUAUCAGUCAACGAACGAGUUAGCGUUCAAUGUAUCCACAAGAUUUGGCCGGCUUAUUUUUAUUUAUCAUUAUAAUAAUAACAAUUAUUACCACUAUCACUGUUAUUAUUAUAAAUAGAGAGGACAACGUGUACGCAUCAAUGUUUAGACGCACGAAACACAAUUCAAACUAUUGAAAAAAUCUGCUAUUCUGCGCAAUAUUUCCGUCCUCGUACCUUCUGUAAGAUAAACUAUGUUAUACAUAUUAUAUUAAGUUCAAUAAAGUCGAAAAGUAUACAUAGAACAGAAGC